CCAAGUGACAGUUUGGGUUUGAGUUUCCUGUCUGGGCUUUGGUUUCUGUUUUGCACGCUCUUAUUUUGUAUAUGACUUCCUGUUUUUCCUCGUCUGCCUCCGUUGUCAUAGUCACCCACACCUGUCCCUAAUUUCAGUGUCUAUUUAGUUCAGGUGUGUGCUUCUCCCUAUGUGGGAUCAUUAUAGUUUGUCCUUCUGCUUCCUGAGUUGCUUCUUUCCUGCUGCUGCAGUUUUUGCAAGACAUAAAUAUUUUUACCUGCAUUUGGUCCUGCUCUCUGCAUCCUGGGGUCGAACCUUAAAGCUCUCGAGACCGACAGUGACAAUAACCAUGGGGGGUUUUCACCCGAGAUGCAUUCAGGGGGAGGACAGCAAAGCAACUCUAGUUUGCACCUCAACUGAAGCUUUAAUGGAUUUGAUAAAGCAAACAAACUGUGAACUGUGUGUGUGUGAGUCCAACUGUGAAACAUAUAUAUAUAUUUUUUUUUUUUAUCACAAAAUGUCUAUGUUAGCAGCCCGUCAGCACGGAACCAGAACUGGAAGUCUCCGUUGACUGCAGACUACACGUUCUUAUACUGCCAUCUACUGUUCAGUUCAUGCAAAUGGAAAACAAACAUGACACAUUAACACUCCUCUCUUUGCUUUUCAUCACUGGCAAACGUGUCAACUUGGAGCACCAACAACACGUCCGGUGCUCUGCUGGAAUCAUGGCUAUAAGACUAUAUGAAGAAAAAGAUUAUGUUGCUACCUACAUGCAGUACAGAACAGAAAAUCCUCAAGAAGUGAUCAACAGGAUGAUGGACUUUAUGAAAGCAAAGGUGCAACAGAAGUUCAACCUUGCAGUGGAUGUUGGAUGUGGUAAUGGUAAAGGGACCAAACUCUUGGCCCCCUUCUUCCAUCAGGUUGUUGGGACAGACGUGAGUCCCGCCCAACUGGAGAAUGCCCAGGCUUAUAGCCUUUGUCCAAAUGUGACUUACAGGCAGUGUCCUGCAGAGGAACUCCCGUUCGAGUCCGGCCAAGUUGACCUUGUGACGUCCAUGACAGCAGCACACUGGUUUGACCGCCCGCGCUUCCUGACAGAGGCCGACCGCGUGCUGAAGCCUUAUGGCUGCCUGGCCCUGCUCGGCUUCACGUUGGACAUGGAGCUGGAGUACGGGAAUGCCACUAGUGCCCUUAACAACAUAUGUGAAGAGUUUUAUGCAGCUUUGCAACCCUUCAGUCAUCCUUAUCUGGGCUCCUCCUUGUCCAAAAUCUACUUCGACAUGUUUGAAUCCUGCACCUAUCCGGACAAAGAGUGGAAUGAUUGUUUAAGAAUUAACAGCACGGUGACGAUAAACAGUUUCAUCGGUAUGGUAGAGACUGCCAGCGGGUACCAGAAGCUGAAGCACCAGGAGGCCACUGAGGCCAAACGCCUUUCUGACGACAUCAGGAACAAGCUUAUGGCCGCCAUGCAGGUGUCCUCACCAGAAACAGAGCUCACCAUGGUGGUCAAGUAUUUCUACAUGUUUGCACGCAAACCUUGAUCCUUCUGACUGGCCCAGAGACAAAGAAGUGAAAGGUCUCUCUGGAGGACACC